AUGAAUUUAAUAUUUUGUGCGGUCUGGUGUUGCCUUUGGUAUGGUUCUUUGGCUAAUGGAAGUAGUUCUAUGAAACUUGGAGGCAUAGGAGAACCAAAUGUACCAAUAUUAGUUAGAAGUUCGAUUUUCGAAAACAAAUGGUUUGAACAGAAACUCGAUCAUUUUAAUCCUAUUGAUACUAGAACAUGGAAACAGAGGUAUCAAAUGAAUUUGAAAUAUUAUAAAUACGGUGGUCCAGUGUUUUUGCAUAUAGGAGGAGAAGACGAGAUUUCACAUAAUUGGAUGAAGGGUGGGGCUUGGAUUGAAUACGCUCAAAAAUGUAAUGCCUUAUGUUUUCAACUGGAGCAUCGGUUUUAUGGAAAAAGUCAUCCCACUGAUAAUUUAAAUACUACAAAUUUACUGUACCUGAAUAUUGAACAAGCAUUAGCUGAUAUAGCAGAAUUUAUAAAUAUCAUAACAAACGAAAAUGAAAAUUUGCUGUUUAAUGCUAAAUGGGUAGUAUUUGGAGGAUCUUAUGCAGGAAAUUUAGCUGCUUGGUCAAGAAUGAAAUAUCCACAACUCAUACACGCAGCAGUUUCGUCAAGUAGCACUUUAGGUGCCGCAAUAGAUUAUAAUGAAUAUUAUACGACUGCCCAAACCGCAUUAUCAGAUUAUAAUCCAAAAUGCGCUUCACAUAUAAAAGAAGCAACUGGAAUGAUUAACGAUUAUUUAAAAACCAAUGAUGGAGCCAAGUAUAUUGAUAAAAAAUUCAAAACGUGCGAGCACAUAGACAUAAAGAAUAAAAAAGAUUUAGCACAAUUUUUCGACAACUUAGCAAUACCCGUCGCACUAAUUAUGCAAUACAAUAAAGAUAAUAGAUAUUACGAAAAUGUUGAGCGAUCGACUGUAUCAAUAAGAACAAUGUGUGGUAUAAUGUUAGACAAGUCGCUUGGAAACGCACUUGAAAGAUAUUCAUAUUUACAAAGGGUAUUAAGAACCGUUUCUAAUAGAAAUUGUACUGUGACUAAAUAUCAAUCAAUUCUUAAAGCUUUUAAGGAAACGUCUUGGAAAAAACAAUAUGUAAAAUCUGGAGAUCGACAAUGGCUUUACCAAACCUGUACAGAAUUAGGUCAUUUUGUAACAUCCAAUAAAGUUGAUAAUUUAUUUGGUAAUACCAUUCCAUUAGACUAUUUUACUGAAAAGUGCAGAGAUGUUUUUGGAAAAUCAUAUAACUUAAAUGCAUUGUAUAAGGCAGUGAAAAAUGAAAAAUCGAUGUACAAUUAUUUAAAGAAAAAAACAAGCAGGGUUAUUUAUUUACACGGAUCUAUCGAUCCAUGGAAUAAAUUAGGUCUUACUCAACCACAAGCACAAAAUUCCGUUUCAAUUUUUACUGAAGGAGUAUCUCAUUGUGCAGAUUUAUAUCCUUCUGCUUCAUCGGACCCUCCUCAGUUAACUAAAGCUCGUAAAACAGUUUUAUAUUAUUUACAAAAAUGGCUGAAGAAGACUGGAAUUUGAU